UUCUCUUUAAUUGAGUGAAUGCAAUUCAAUGCUUUUACAUUUUCUGUUUUUCAUAGAUGGCUUUUCUUCAAAGCGAUAUUUUCCCAGGGGCCGUGAAGGCGGCUUCAGAUGCGGGUCUUGUGUGUCCUCUCCGGCAGGAGGGCGUCUCUCCUCCUCCGCCUCCUCCUCCUCCUCGGAAGAAGACGCGAAGAACACUGAGCCGAAUUAUGCCGGUGAGCUGAUUCAUAUCUACCUGUCGAGCUCAGGCUGCCCCUCGGAGUUCUCCCAUUUGGAUGUUUCAUUCCGGACGAGCCUGAUCGGGCCGGGGCCUGCUCCUGCUCCUGCCGCGCGCCCGGCCCUCCGCCGGGGGACAGGCGCCGAGAGGAGGCCGAGGCUCGGGGAGACAUGGAGGCUGCAGCGGGCUGGAGGACGUGGUGAUUCACUCCCCCUCAUGGACCCUGCCCACAUCGGAGGGGAUAUGUCACCUCUGUACGUGCCAAGAAAAAGAAAGUCAGUCCAGUCGCACCUUAAAAGUGGAAUUCCAUGUCCAGUUGUCCAGCGAAUGCCAGACAGAGACUGUGAAGCAAAUGCAGUCGGACACGCCAAGAACGACGAGCCUCAAGGCCAAGACGCUCUGAAGAUGAAGAGAACAUACGGUAGAAAAAGGUACGAGGACCUACAGAGUGUUCCCAUAGGAACAGUGGACUACCCGACAUCCAGCUGCUCAGUGAUGUCAUCAGGUGACCUGGCCAAUGGAGUGGACUCGGGCUCCAUGGGUCCGCCCGCGGCGAGGCUGCCCCCGAGAGUGAUGGCGAAGGAUGCGUGGCCUCCAGGCCCCGAGGCCGACAGCGAGCAGUCCCAGCCUCAGGACCAGAGCUGGAGUUCCAGGGACAGGACGGGCCCCAAUGCCUGGGCGCCGGGGAGAGACCGACCCCAGGAGCAGGUCUGGAACUCUGGCAGAGACCGGUCGGGACCCCCGUGUCAAGACCAGACCUGGAUAGCAGGCAGGGACAGAGCUCACACCGGACAGGACCAGGCCUGGGUGACGGGCCGGGACAGAGGUCCCGAGCAGGGCUGGGCGGCCGGCGGAGACCGAGGCCAGGAUCAGGCCUGGAACGCGAGCAGGGAUCCGGGAAGAGAGGGGGCCUCCUCGGGGUCAGAGCAGGCGUGGGGGUCGGGCCGGAACCAAGAACAGGGCCGGAGCGACGCAAGCAGAGACAGAGAACAUGUCUGGAGACCCGAGUUGAACAUGAAGAAGGUGCAGCGGGUGGAGAUGGAGGGAAGUCCUCCAGUUAAUAACUUCCCACAGCCGCCGGAGAGCAGAGACCCCUGUUCAGAUGCAGCCGGCGGCGAGGCCUCGACGUCUCAGCCCAUUGAGGAGCAGAAACCUCUGGUCGUCUCCACAAAGAAGGAGCCUCCUACCUACCCUGCAGGAAGCCAGGAGGAGCGCUGGCAGCUCCAGAUCGUGGCCAAAGGCAGAGUCACCUGCCCGAAGUGUAAGAGCGUGAGCAGGAAGACGGUGGAGGGGCUGAAGAAGCACAUGGAGAACUGCCGACUGCAACCGUUCACCUGUCAACACUGUGGGAAACAGCUGAAGUCUUCCACGGGGAUGAAGUAUCACAUCAUGGCCGACCACAGUCAUCUGCCUUCGGCAGACGAUGCCAAGGGCCUGGACGACCGUGCCAUCAAAGACAAACUGCGUAAGAUCCUGAAGAGGCUGGGCAAAUUAAAAUGCUCUAAAGAGGGCUGUACCGCUGCGUUCACCAGUAUCAUGGGUUACGUUUACCACACGAAGAAGUGUGGGAAGGAGGAGUCCGAGCUGGAGAAGAUGCUACUGAAUUGCUCUCACUGUGGGAAAACAUACAAAUCCAAGGCUGGUCUGGAGUACCACCUCAAAUCGGAGCAUGCUCCCUCGCCGCAGAAGGCCGAGGAGGACGCGGCUCUGAAGGCCGAGCUGGAGGUCAACCCGGAGAGGACGGCCAGCGGCAGGGUGCAGCGGGCGUCAGCGCAGGUGGCGAACUUCCACUUGGCGGAAAUCGCCAACAACGACUUGCCCAAAGACUGGCCCAAGAGGAAGUUUCAGUCCGACCUGGUGCCCGAUGACAAAAAGUUGAAAUAUGCCCGACCAGGCCUCCCCGCCUUCAGCCAGGAGGUGCUGAGGAAGUGGAAGAAUGAGGUGAAGCUGCAGAGGAAGGUCCAGUGUCCCAACCAGGGUUGUGGCUCCACCUACACCAGUGUGUCUGGGCUGAAGGCUCAUCUGGGACUAUGCACAAGGGGCGAUUUUGAGGCGGGAAAAUACCGAUGUCUCAUCUGCAAUAAAGAGUUUAACUCUGAGAGUGGAGUGAAAUAUCACAUCAACUCGGUCCAUUCACAGGACUGGUUUGUGACGAACAAGAAGGCUUCCAAGAAGUUUGAGAGGUUCCUCAAAAACCAGUCCAAGGAGAUUGUCCUUAAUGUGGACAGGCAGAUUGUGGAUCAGUACCACCAUCACCACCUCCAGCAUCAUCAGCAGUGUCCCCACCACCACCACCACCACCACCAUCAGCAGCAGCAGCAUCAGCAGCAGCAUCACCUCCACCACCAGCAGCCCAUGCAGCACCCGCUGCAGCCACUGCAUCACCUCCAGCACCAAACCCACCUCCUCCACCCAGAGCACCAGAACCUGUCUCCACAGGUGGACACCCAGCUCCAGCAGCCGGUGCUGUGCUACACCUCGCUUGAGCCUCCUCCGGAACAAAUUUGGGUGGAACUGGACCGCAGGGGAUUGGUGGAAGGGUCAGAGCAGGCCCCUAUCGAGAUGGAGAUGGCUGAUGUUGAUGACAAACCGGGAGAGGACAGCAGUGGCAUGGUGGAGGUGGAGGUGAAGAGGAGAGAGAAGGGGGAGAGGGGUGGUGGUGGCGGUGGUGGUGGCGGCAGCAGUACCGGCAGCUCAUCCAGCGAAUCAGAAGCGGAGCAGCAGGACAGGCAAAGACAGAUUGACCAGUGGAAUCUGAAGCGACCGGGCGUCGUGGAGCCGCGCCCCGAGUCUGGAAAGCGACACCGGAGCGUUUAAAAAAGGGUUCAGGAAAUGACAGUUUCCUCAACGCUCUUGUGCGCCAGAGCUGAUUUUAAACAGAGGUAUGAAAAGAUGCCAUCAGGAAAUCCCUCCAACUUUAUUAAUAGUGACGAAUAGACGAAGGCAGCUUACAGUUGUUGCUGCAGUUUGUAACUUCUGAUGUUGCAGGAAGGAAACAAUAGGAAGGAAAACCUCGAGGUGUCGGCGAGGACAAAGAUGAAAACACUUCCGGUUCGGAGGCUGUUUCUUACCCAGAGAAAUGUAGUGAUACCAUUUAUCUGUGUGUUUAUAUGUAACAGAUUCUUUCCACCAACUUCAAAUGUGUCUUAUACUUUUAACAAGUUUAUGUUAAACGCUUCUUGUCUUUUACGUUUAUCUAAAAGGGAAAAUGUUGCUCUAACGCAAAGAGAGGAUGCUAGCGUAUAGUAUUUUGAUAGAAUUGUCGCUCUCUCUGAAAACAUUUGUGCCUCUUUAGUAUGAUUUGUAUAUACCUUACCAUAUGACCUAUCUUCAUCAUAAUCAAAGCUCAUAGUUUUCAUCUUUUUUACUGUAUAUUUAUCAUGAAUGAAACUUGGUUUCGUGGCUGGUAUCAAGCUGCCAUCUUGGAACCGAGUCUGCUGGCAACUUCUGGUAAAAUGGAAUAGGCAAAAAAGAAAAAUAAUGUCCUCAACAGUUUUCCACAGAAACAAAAACAAAAUAUUAUUAUUAAUUCAGACUGAAGAUUCAGCCUUAACGUGAGUGAAAAGUAGCUUUUAGAAAUGACAUAUUCUUGUAGAAUAUUAAAAAUGUUGUUGAGGUAAUGUUUGUGUGUUUUUAAAAACCUCAACACAUUCAAACUUGGACUGGAUUCAUCUCAACUAAAGGUCAACUUCCUAUCUUUUUGCCAGAGCUUUAACCACAUGUGAAGUCUUUCUCAGGUAAUGGAAUUUAAUCGGUUGAUAUCGCACUUAGGGAACGUGGUGAUACCCGAGCUGUCUCCUUGAUAUCUGAGCCAACUCCAUCAGCUGAGAGAGACUUCAAAUGGGGUUAAAAGCGAGUAAGUGAACCUUUAGUCAAGUAUUCCUUUUUUUUAGGGCUGUGAUUAAAAAUUAGUUUCAUCAUCAAUUAAUCUGACAAUUAUUGUCUUUAUUUAAUCAAUGAAUUGUUUUCUUUAUAAAAAUCUAAAAACAAUUACAAAAACAAACAAUCAAUAAUAAAUUGUUUUAGGCUUUUUGUAAUAACAAAGAAAAUAAUUAGAUCUGAACAUUUGUGAAUCUGGAAAUAUAACAUUUUUGUUUGGAAAAAAACCUGACUGAAAUGGUUAAUGAAUUAGCAAAAAUACUUUUUUUGCGAUUGACUGUUUGACUUAUUGUUUGAGGUCUAAUGUUUUUUGUUAAGAAAGAAAUGUUAAGAACUUUUAAUGAUGAAUUUUUGUCAAUCAUUUCAAACAUUCCAAGUAGGACGAUUGUUCAUGAAACAGAUAAAGCACAGAAAUCGAUUACGGCUCAGCGCAGGUACGACGUCACAGUGGGUGAUGGUUUAUUGUUUUUGUUUUUUUGAUGAUGACCAAAUGAACAGAGUUACAGGGCAACGCUCAUCCUCUCCACUUCACAGGCACGGACGGCUGAAUUGUAUUGAAGGAAAAUCUUUAAAAGGAUUUAUCGUGGAGGGUGUUUUUCUCUUCUGUUCACUCUUCAAAGAGAGGCUGUGAUUUUCUCUCAGAAUAUUUAACCAAUAGCAUGUAGCCUAAUGUUUAUGUAACUCUAUAAUAUCGUGGUGUGCGGUUAUGGAUGGUUGUCAUUGUUGUCAUUUGUUUGAAACUAUUUUCUAUAUUAUUUUUUUUACAUCCCCGCAUUUAUGAAUGUAUUUGAUUAUUGUUUUUCUCUCCUGUUAAGCUCCAGUUUUCCCUCUAGAAAAGUUUUUACCCUUUAAUCUGUGUCUAUAACAAACUGUGUAAAACAUAUUUACUGGAUCUGAUUCUGUUUAAAGUGCUCCCCCCCAUCAGAUGCCUUUUGGGAGAACAGCCUGUGUCAUUUAAGAUGGAAAUUGGAAGUGUUUCAAAAAGCACAAUCAUUUUUGUUAAUAUUAAGAAAUGGUAGAAAACUGAUUUAUUACCUCCAACUGAUUUCCAAUAUUUUACUUCAUGCCUGUAGUAAGAAACCAGAUAAUGACAUUCUAAUAAGGGUCCAAGCACCAAGGGUGAGAUGAACAUAAUUUUCUCUUUAGACAUCUAUUACUAUUAUAAUUAUUUGAUAUUUUCUGAUGAUAAAAGUGGGUAUGCAGCUUAAUGUCAACCGCAGUUCCUUUCAUGGAAGCUCCAUAACUUAGUUAAACAACCUGUUAAGCCUUGAUGUUGGCUUCUUUUCCCGGUGUCACUGUUUGGAUCCGUCUAGUUUGUUUAAUUAAAUUUUUACCUAAAUCUAUAUUAAACCAAGAUGGAACGCAAGGGUUCCAGCCGUGUAAGUAGUACUUAUGGUACUUUUUUGUUGCUUUUGUUGCUGCUCAUGCUAAAUACCUAAUACUUCCCAAUAAUGAUUAUAUUAAAAUAAUUCAUAUAAUUCUUCUUCUCCACAGAGGUCGGUGGUUCAAAUCCUUUUACGGCUUGUGAUACGUUGAAUUAAAGCAAUAUUUACUUGUAACCCCUUGGUUCUAACCAGGGCAACCAAAAAAAACACCAAGAUUUGAGGAACAUUUCAAAACAUAAAUCUAAUCUUUUGCAGUUUUUUUUUUGCUUUCACUUAAACACUUGUGACCCCUUUGGAUGCCCCUGACCCUGAAGGAGACCAAUGAAUCACUGUAUGUGUUGAAAUACUUCCCAAUAUGCUUGUGACCAAAUCCUAAACAGCAUGCUUGCACUUUGACCUGUUUGAUGGCGCAGAGAGAAAAGCAUUGAUUGCUCUCCAUUAAGAGACAAGUAUUUCACAGAGCACCCUGGAUCCCCGACUAGUACGUUUUCUUUUAUACUCUUUUAUUAAAAAAAGUUAAAUUGGAGGCUCAAGAUUAGACAUUUAAUCACUUAAACAUCAAAUUUUAUAGGAUAAGCUACAACAGUAAGGCUCUCAUCCAGAUUUCCAGGAAAUAUUUUUUCCAAAUACUGGAGUUUGAGUUUUAAAAGCCAGGUUUAUGAUAUCUUUGAAUGUUUUUAAUUCUUCUAUCAUAAACCCGUCAAUCUCCCACAGAUGCUGCGUCUCAGUGAAUCUAUUGAACGUGUAAAAUCGUGGUUAAACUCGUUGAUUUUGGUCCUGACCUUCUGCUUUGAGGUUUAAAAAAAAAAAAAAAAAAGAAGUUCAAUCCGGCGGUUGUUCUAGAUGUGAUUCUGGAAAGAAAAGUCGUUAAAGUUAUUAAUCUGUACAGUAAAGAAGCUCUGUGUGUCAAACGAAGAUUGAAAAUACUGAAGAGCUGUUGGCUCGCGUUUUUUGUGCCUCAUCACCGUCGGCCAUACAGAAAAUACACAGCUGUAUUUCAUCUAGGCCACAUUUUAAUUAAGUUUCAGUCGGCAUCUGUAAACACAAUUUUUUAUUUUGUGGGAUUUUCUUCAAGUGAAAACGUUUAAUGUCUCAGCCAACACUACAUCUAAAAAACCUGUAAAUUUAAUGUUAUUACUUGUUUGGUUUUUUGUUUUUUUUUAAUAGAAGUAAUGUGCUGCUAUUUCAUAGUACCAGCAGUGUUAUAACAACAGAUAAUUAAAAAGUUUAAUUCAUGGUCA